AUAAAAAGAAUUUUGCAAUUAUGAGCUAAAUACACACUUGGAUGGUAUCAUUCAUACACGGUGAAUGACUCACAUCCAAUCAAUAAUUAUUCAGAAAAUACAAAGAAAGUAAACGUUUCUCUAUUAUAAGCCAAAGAUAAUGACAAAUGUCUACAUUAUAGACAUCAAUGAUUACAUUAGACCUCAUAUUUACACACAAACCCACUCAGCCACAAACACAAGAGAAGACUAUGGAGAUACCGUCAACAUCUCCGGCGACUCCACUCCGCCGUAGAAACUCCAUUUCCACGACGACACCUGCGAUCACCACCUUAGAAACUCCAUCUCCGUCGUUCCAUUUCGAGCUCAUCUCGCUGAAACCACCCUCUUACACAUCCCUCAGAGAUAUCAUCUCAUCUCCGAGUAACUCCUCCGUCAACUUACCGUCUAUUAACGGUAGCAGCUCUCCUGUUUUAUCCACCGUGGGAGAUAUCUCGAUACGCAACCCACUCGUUAAGCAAGCCGCUUGGUCUUAUCUCCAGCCAACGGCGUUGACUUCAUCGGAUGACUCGCCUGGGUGUUCUCAGUUCCUCCGCCGCGUAUGGCUCCACUUCUCCGCCGGGAUACAGUUCUUGAAACGUAUGUUUGACUGGAUUGUCCGAUCAAUCUGUAUUCCUCAGAUUGUUAAGUAGCUUGCCCUAUACGUUUGAACACAAGUGUUUGUAUACAAUAAAGUGUUACCAGAAUCCAAAAAUAUUAUCAAGAAAAGAGUUUUUGAUUUCUUGAAUU